AUGGAGCUGGGUCAAGUCGCGCGCAUGAAUCUAGUACUUACCAAAUCCACACGGUCCUGGGACAUCGGUGACAAUGCGGGUUACAAGCCAUCGCCUCUCGGAUACGGUUCACCUCGAAGUUCCCCUUUCCGACGACCAGAGUCUCCCGCGUCACCCUCGUCAAUUAAAUAUACGACACCGACACCGUCUCCUUCAAAACCUAGCGGCGUCCAUACACCUUCUAGAUUUGCUGCUACAGUAGAAUCACCUACCAGCUCGGACGGAUUGACUCCUCGUGGAUACGGUCAAACAAGCGAUAUGCCAUUUACACAAUCUCUCGCUUCUCCCGCACAUAUAUCCUCGCGGACUCAACCGUCACUGCAUUCCGCGGCUCAGGGGAAUGCACUUUCUCAAUUACAGCCGGCACAGCUCCGAGUACUAAGGGAUGUAUUCCAGAUCCUGGAUAGAGACAGCGACGGUGUCGUAAAUAGGGAUGAUGUUGUGGACAUGCUCAAUCAGCUCGGUAUGCUGCAUAUCUUGUACCCUAGGCCAUUGAAUAUCAAUACUGACGUAGACCGACUCAAAGGACUGCCAUCUAGCCCAGCCGACGUCUCGCAAUUCUUCCCCUCGGCCGGCCCGCAAACGACGACCCUUGCGGUAUUCCUCAACUCGAUAGCUACGACGCUGGCCGCGAUGUCACCGAGUGCAGAAUUACUAUCAGCCUUCUCCGCCUUCGAUGACGAUGAUAGCGGUCAAGUGGACUUCACCGAGCUGCGUGAUGCUCUGCUACACACGGCGCCGGAACCAGGAGAGAGGGCAUUGACGGCGACUGAGGUGGACAAGAUCUUGCUCGGAUUCAGUGGAAGAAGAGCUUUCAGCAAGAGUAUGGCCGGCGGAUUGAGCAAACGCGGUGAGGUAUUCAAGUAUCAAGAGUUCGUGAACUCCAUCGUAGGUGGUAAUGGAUCGUCAGAGCCGAGUUCUCACGAGGCUUCUGAAGAGUAA